AUGUCAUAGGACCUUUUUAAACCCGGCAAAUGAAUCAGCUGUUUUACAGUAUCAGUAUAUUAAACCCGAAUAAUAUUUUGUUCUUUGGCUUUAGCAUUUAUAGAAGUACCGUCUGAAUCUAACUUUGAUUUCGAAAUAUAUUUGAUUACAAUUUGGCAGAGAACGGAAGUAAGUCAAAAUGCAAAUAAAUCAGAUUAAGAGUCAAGUGUAAAGUAAACGUUUUGAGUUAAAGACAAUUGUGAGCGGCAGCCGUAUGGACUCUGCACUCUCCGUGGCUCUACUCCAGCUCUUGAAUACCAUUAGCAUCCGGAAAUGAUGAAAACUGUGGUCUGGGGAGAAAAAGAGAGAGGGAAAAAAAAGCCUCUCUUGUGAAGAAAAGUGAAGAAAUGAGUUGCAGAGCAGCAUCGAUUGCUGGUUCCGUUUCUGGCAUCAGUGCCUGAGUGAGUUGCUUGGCAGAUGUCCCGGGUGAAAGAACCUCCAAGGCCUGAAGGGCCAGAAGAGGACAUUUUUACUGAAAACAGUCUUUUACUUCACACUGAUGACACUAAAAAACAUGAGGAGGGGAGGGAAGUUACACAGCAGGAGGACUUACCUUCACCAGAUAACUGGGUGAUACAUCAGGAUGCAGAGCACCCAUCAGCCCUGGUGAAUGACACUACUGGUGACCUCAUCAGAAGAAAAGCUCUUCCUGGCUCCAUGACUGGCUUAAAAAACUAUCUGUUCUUAUGCCAUGCUUUGCUUCCCUUUCCUGUUCCCACUGCAAUCUGUGAUAUGUUUGGUAAUUUGCAUUUUUCUCCCCCACUUGAAGAUGGCUGUGUACAUUGCAUUCUCACCUGCCUAUUCUGUGAGUUCGUCACCUUCUGCAACAUUAUCUUGGGACAAGCUUCCUGUGGUAUCUGUACAUCUGAAAACUGUUGCUGCUGUUGUGGAGCAGAUGACCUUGGGGAUGAUUGUAACUGCCCUUGUGACAUGGAUUGUGGCAUUAUGGAUGCCUGCUGCGAGUCCUCGGACUGCUUGGAAAUCUGUAUGGAAUGUUGUGGGAUUUGCUUUCCUUCAUGAUCAUCUGGAGCAGCAUGACUUUUAAAAGCAAGCUGAAUAAACUGGAGAUAAUAUUCAUACUGUUGCCAAGACGGGAGAUGUUAAAAUACCCUGGUCAUGUUCAACAUUACGAAGACGAAACAGUUGCACUCUUACUUCUACAUAGACAUAAAAAUAAUUUGUGUGGAAUCUUAUAUCAUCUCUGUACUAAUAAGGACCAUAGAUUUGGCAAUUUUGUUUUAAAAAUGUGCAGUUAAAGUUUGCAAAUGUUGCUUUGUUAUUAGGCAAAGCUGUUGCCAUGGAACAUUGCAUAUGUACAUAUUAAUUAAUCUACAGUUUCAAAAACUAAAGCUGUUCCUUCUUAAACUUUUGAAAUGCAUUUUAAUGUAUGUCAUUUAUGAUAAAGUUUUUUUUUUAAAAGAUGAGUUAUAUAGUUAGAUUUACAAUCCAGGUUCACAACUUUGCGUUCAUUUUUCUUGAUGCUUUUGGUUCAAAUUAAAGGAAUCUGUUUGGUUGCCAAUUCCAUUAAAUACCACAUUAAAUUAUUAAAUAUACAUUUUACUGUAAACUACUGUUAAGAACAUUCUUUAAGUGUCUGUUUUAAAAGCAAAUUAAGGAUUUAAUUGUGUAAAGGCUUUUUGAUAACCCCUAAAAAUAAUGAUUUUUUUAAACAAAUAUUCAUCUCUGCAUAAUUUCCUGAAGUUACAUUUUAAUUGAAAACCAGAUUAAGUGUACCUGCAUGGGGAAAGUGAGAGGGAUUUUCAAUACUCUCAUUUCAUUAAUUUAAGAUUUUGUUGUUUGAUUUUUUUUUUCUGGAAACUUUAUUGUGUUGAGUAAUAAUGGACCAAAUUAAGUUGGUAAAGCCAUGUAGUAUAUUACAGAAUGGAAACAUUUGCUUACAUUAAAAAAAAUUUUUUUUUUCUUUUAA